AUGGAGGUAUCUACCGCUAAAGUGAUAUCUAUGCUGACUUUGGGCUUUGGCAGCUUUAUGGCUGGCAUGGCACCAGCGUGCAUUUCAGAAAGAGCAAGACAGAGGCAUCCGCUGCUGAUCUCGUGUCUUCUGUGCUUCGGAGGAGGGGUUCUAUUAUCCACAUCUCUAGUUCACAUCCUGCCAGAGGCAAGAGAGAAACUGCCCAACUACUCAGAACUUCUCCUGUGUGCUGGCUUCUUCAUUGUGUAUCUGGUAGAUGAAGUUGUUCACUUUUUUUAUGGCGCACACAGUAAAGGCCACGAGGCACCGAAAAGGACAUAUACAACAGAAGAGUCUAGACUUUUACGAGCUGAUGUAAGGGACGGAGAGAUGAGGGAGCAUUGUUGUGGUGACGCUGGUAAUCCCAGAAUGUGUCAUGUUAGUCAUACGGAACCGUGUAAUAAGAGUUCUUCGGGAAUUAUUGGUUUGCUCUGCGCGUUGUUAGUGCAUAGCUUUUUAGAAGGAUUGGCUAUUGGGCUUCAGGACUCAACAUCACAGGUGCUCCUCUUACUAGCAGCUGUAGCCUGCCACAAAUUUGUGGUGGGUUUUUGCUUAGGCGCUGAAUUGUGCGAGAGCGGAAACCGUCUCUGCGCUCACAUUGUAUCCGUUACGUUGUUUAGUGGCGGAUCUGUAGCCGGCAUUGGUUUGGGAGCCGGCCUUGACUCUAUAAGCAAGUUGAAGAAUUCAAUUGCUGUUCCUAUAAUGCAGGCCCUAGCCGCUGGUACUUUAUUGUACGUGACCGUAAGUGAAGUACUGCCAAGAGAAAGAGCUCGUUGGCAUGAAAAGAAGCGAUCGGCAGGAAUCGCUCAAUUUUUAUCUGUGGGCAUCGGCUUUGCUGUUAUGUAUCUGUCUACUAUGUACCUAGACCAUGACUGA